CAUAUUGGGUAUUUUGUUAAGUUCGUCUUGUAUUCACAAUUCACAACAUUUUGAUUGGUAGCUUGUAGGUUAUUUCUGUACGUGCCCCAUUAAACUCUAAUACAGUACGAUAACUAAAUAGUUAUAAAAAUUUGGAAGAUUAAUUAUGAUUGAUGUCAAUGGUUUUAUCUCUUAGCAACAGUAUUCGGAAUAAUAAAUUAGCAUUAUUGAUUAGUGUUAAUGCUCUUGGGAAGUUAAUAAUCAUUGACAUCCUUGAUGAUUGAUGCAUAAAGAUGCCAAUUUCAUUGAACCAUCAAUCAUUAGUUGGCAGUUCAAUGGCUUCUGUGAGCAAAAGCACCUACUCGCCUAUCAGCUCGUAUUCAAGCUAUCAAAGAUAUACAAACUCUUAUCCGAGAAGUUCAUCAAUUUUGGAUGAGCCUCAAUUGUCAGUUACUGGCUCAUCGUGCUUGAGUAGUCGAACAUCCGACGUGAUAUCCAGAUUAUCAAAACCUCGGAGUAUUCAGCACUAUGACAGUGGAUCUUAUCUGAGCUCAUCAUCAACUUCAGCUCUGUCAAGGAAGUCUGCCUUAGAUAAGAUUAAUUACAAAUCAGACCUAUCAUCUUCAAGAUAUCUCUCUAAAUAUGACACCGGAAGUGGAAGGACUACUAAAAAGUAUUCGGAACCGUCAUCCUCAAGCACAUUAUCUCAUGCUUUGUUGAUAAAGCCAAGUAUGUCAACCCCACCCAGGAGGUCAAUUUCAACUCUAUCCUCGCAGUCAUCAGAUUAUGUUGGAGCUGCUUCUAGAGAACGUUCAUAUUCAGCUGCUAAAACACCUACUCAGAGUGGAGUAAAUAGUCGGAACGGGCUCAGAAAUAUUGGAAAUACAUGUUUCCUUAAUGCUGUGGUACAGUGCCUUAGUCAUAUUAGUCCUUUACGAGAGUAUUUUCGAAGUGGGUCAUAUCUUGCUGAUAUCAAGUCACAAAGUGAUGGUGCUUUGGUCAAAUCAUUUGCCAAUCUGUUGAAUGAUCUUUGGGAUGGAGAAAAUAGGACAGUUCAGCCGGGUACAUUCAAGAGAUGUUUGCAGCAGUUCGCUCCAUGCUUCAUGGGCAAUAACCAACAAGACGCGCAGGAGUUUCUCCGCUACUUGCUGGAAGGAUUGCACAUAGAUGUCAAUCGGGUUCGAAGCAAAAUCAGAGAUUAUACUGAUUUGGAUGAUUGUCUAAGUGAUCAACAGAAGGCCAUGGAAUGCUGGAAGAGGUAUUUGAAGUGCGACAACAGCAAAAUUGUUGACUUGUUUGUUGGCCAGUUGAAGUCAACGCUGAAGUGUGCCUUUUGCGGUCAUUGUUCGACUACAUUUGAUCCGUUCUGGGAUCUGUCUCUGUCAUUGCCUGACAGAGGUCAUUUGCCGGUGCCCUUGUCCCAAUGUCUGGACACAUUCACCAGAGAUGAGGUUCUGGAAGCUAAUGAAAUGCCAACGUGCUCCAAGUGUAAGACAAGACGAAAAUGCACCAAAUCAUUGAAGAUCCAACGAUUGCCCAUGAUACUGGUGCUGCACCUUAAGAGAUUUUCUCCAAGUGAAUCGAGCCGACACAGCAGGAAAUUGACAACUUUAGUGGAGUUUCCAUUGGAGAACCUGGACCUGAGUCCAUAUACAGAUAGCAGCUCGUCCUCAUCAGGAGCUCCCCUCUACAACUUGGUGGCUAUCUCGAAACAUUCUGGAACUAUAAUGAGCGGUCAUUACGUUGCCAUGUGUCGUCAAAACGAUCAGUGGGUGGAGUUCAAUGACGAAAGGGUAACAGUGAAAGGAUCAAGCAUUGGAUGCGGUGAUGCGUAUCUCCUGUUCUAUGAAAGGAAUAAAGAAUAAAAACGUGUGUGAUGAUAUUACUAUGAGUAUUAACAGACUUCAUACUAGCCGGUACUAACCGAAUUAUCAAGCAUCAAUCAAGCUUGUUUAGUAUAGCAUUUCACCUCAUGGAAAGUUCAACAGACUUGACAAUAUUGACCAAGUACCGUAUCAUUGAUGAGAUUAUUAUUUUUGGUGAUUAUGAAUGGAAUUGAUUGUUUUAUUUUUACAGUCUAGGCUGUCUAGCAUUGAAUAAAUCAAUGUAAUUAAGAAUUUAAAGGCCCGGUUGCACAAAAACCUGUUAAAUUUUAACCGUGGUUAAUUUCCCGAGAACCAAUCAGAGAAGGCCUUUUUGAUAAGACGGGGGAUUGAUCAUGAUUAAAAUUUAACCGGCUUUCGUGCGACCCGCACAAAUAAAUUUAUGUGCAAUAGAAUGAUGAAUAGUGCAAGAAAUUGAUUGUAAAAUGAGAUAUUCUAUUAAUAGAAUGGUAUGGAUAUUAGAGGAAUACAGUACAGUAUAUAUUAUUGUAUAUACACGAAAUACAUGUAUUGCAUUUUAAUAUUAUAUAUUAUAGUUUACUAAUGUUACCUAAAUAAGAAAAAAACACAUGCUAAUUUCUUUGAUUGGAAAGGAAACAAGCCAAUUUAUUUUGAGAAUUGUAAUGUUGUAGGAUAACUGAACUAGUCAAAUGUCCAAAAAAUGUGUUGGUUGAUCUACUUUAAGUGAUUGUUAAAUGUACUGUAUUUACACCACUAUGUUAUUACUAAUCACUUCCUCACCGUAUUAUUUUCUCUUUAUUUAUUUAUGUCUAGUUAUUGUUUCAUAGAGUUAUUAUUGUUAUCCACUAUUAAAUUCACAUGCCAUUCUAUAGAUCUUUGAUGCCUUGUUCUUUCGAAUGGAAGAAUUUCUUGUAACUUAAUGUAUAUUAAUGAGUAAAUGGAAUUUUACCACUAAAA